AUGAGCCGAUCACACCUUCAUCCCAUUCCACUCCAGUCUGUGGGCUCCCAGGAUGCCCCAGUUCUCCUACCACGGCCACUGGCUGUUCCCCAGAAUUCCUCUUCCCACACUUGGGCCUCUCCAUGUGGGCCUCCCACCUGGGGCCUCAGCUGUCUUCUGGCUCUGCAGCAUUUCCUGGUCCUGGCUUCUCUGCUCUGUGCCUCCCACCUGCUCCUGCUUCGUAGUCUUCCCCCAGGAGGACUCUCUUACCCCGCUGCUCAGCUCCUGGCCUCCAGUUUCUUUUCAUGUGGUGUGUCUACAGUCCUACAAACUGGGAUGGGCAGCAGGCUGCCUCUUGUCCAGGCUCCAUCCUUAGAGUUCCUUAUCCCUGCUCUGGUGCUGACCAGCCAAAAGCUACCUCUGCCCAUCCAGACACCUGGAAAUAGUGAGUACAGAGCAAGGGUGAUGAGCUCCGUUGUGUUGCACCUGUGUAGGAGGCCUGGCUGCCACAGCCUGGAGCUCUGGAACACUUCUCUUCGAGAGGUUUCAGGGGCAGUGGUGGUAUCUGGGCUGCUGCAAGGCAUGCUGGGGCUGCUAGGGGCCCCUGGACGCCUGUUCCUACACUGUGGGCCCCUGGUGCUGGCCCCCAGCCUGGUUGUGGCAGGGCUCUCUGCCCACAGGGAGGUGGCCCAAUUCUGCUCUGCUCACUGGGGCCUGGCCUUGCUGCUUAUCCUGCUCAUGGUGGUCUGUUCUCAGCACCUGGGCUCCUUCCAGGUACCCCCAUGUCCCUGGAGGCCAACUUCAACCUCUUCAACUCAUAUUCAUGUCCCUGCCUUUCGGUUCCUCUCGGUGCUGAUCCCUGUGGCCUGUGUGUGGGUCGUUUCUGYCCUCCUGGGUCUCAGCAUCAUCCCCCUGCAGCUGUCUGCCCCCACCAAGGCACCAUGGUUUUGGCUGCCUCACCCAGGAGAAUGGGAAUGGCCCUUGCUGACACCCAGGGCUCUGACUGCAGGCAUCUCUAUGGCCCUGGCAGCCUCCACCAGUUCCCUGGGCUGCUAUGCUCUGUGUGGUCAGCUGCUGCACUUGCCUCCUCCACCUCCACAUGCUUGCAAUCGAGGGCUGAGCCUGGAGGGGCUGGGCAGUGUGCUGGCUGGGCUGCUGGGGAGCCCCAUGGGCACAGCAUCCAGCUUCCCUAAUGUGGGCACAGUGAGUCUUUUCCAGGCUGGAUCUCAGAGAGUGACCCACAUAGUGGGGCUGCUCUGCAUGGGGCUUGGGCUCUCCCCUAGGCUGGCUCAGUUCCUCACUACAAUCCCGCUGCCUGUGCUUGGUGGAGUACUAGGGGUGACCCAGGCUGUGGUUCUGUCUGCUGGAUUCUCCAGUUUCCACCUAGCUGACAUUGACUCUGGACGGAAUGUCUUCAUUGUGGGCUUUUCCAUCUUUAUGGCCCUGCUGCUGCCAAGAUGGCUUCGGGAAGCCCUAGUCCCACUUAACACAGGCUGGAGCUCCCUGGAUGUGUUACUGCGCUCUCUGCUGGCAGAGCCCAUCUUUCUGGCUGGACUCAUGGGCUUUCUUCUAGAGAACACUAUUUCUGGUACAAGGCUUGAGCGGGGCCUCAGUCAAGGGUUGCUAUCUUCUUUUGUUGCCCAAGAGGCUCAAAUGUCUCAGAAGUCCAGGGAGAAGGCUGCUCAAGAGUAUGGGCUUCCUUUCCCCAUUCAAGACAUGUGUCCCUGCAUUCCCCAGCCCCUUCAUUUCCUCUGUCCAAUGCCUGAAGACCUUGGGGAUGAGGAAGGAGGGCCAUCUGAGCCAGGAGAGACCGCAGACUUGUUGCCUGGCUGURGGGAGUCAUGCCCUGCAUCUAGCAGAGAAGGACUUAGGUCAAAGUAA